GGAAGCUAUGACUCAAACACGAGGAAGAAACCUGUACACGGAAGUCAUCCUGAAUUUAGUUUUUUUUUUUUACAUGCUUGAGAUUGGUCUCGUUCAGCAGACUUUGCUGGUAUAAUUUGCUCCCUCCUGUGACGGUAAGUGAAACGGUAAGCGAUGGGGCAGUCGGUGUGGAGACCGUGCUGAGAUGAUGAGCAGCUAUCGGCGGACUGUAGAUCUCCACUGCGGGUCAAUGGACGCUAGGACUUGAAGUGCUGCUGUUUUGACAGCUGGGUUGAGCCUCCAGUACCUGGUCUGUCUGCAUGACAGAGAGCUGCUGAGGACAGAGCAGUCCUCAGGCGGAUAUCUACGUGGUGGAGUUUGAAGCGACAGACAGGUGAGAGCCCUCCUCUCUUCUCACACCUACCAGCCUACCACCGACCAUGGCCUCCUCACCCCGGCUGAAGUAUCUCUCCCUGGCCGUGCUGGUGUUCCAGACCACCUCCCUGGUGCUCACUAUGCGGUACUCCCGCACCCUGCAGGCCGAGGGCCCGCGGUACCUGGCCUCCUCAGCUGUGGUGGUGGCCGAGGUGAUGAAGAUCCUCGCCUGUGUGCUACUCGUCCUCAAAGAGCACAACUACAGCAUGCGAGCUCUGAACAGCAUCCUGCGGCAGGAAAUUGCCUACAAACCCAUAGAAACGCUGAAGCUGGCGAUCCCCUCGGGGAUCUACACGCUGCAGAACAACCUGCUGUACGUCGCUUUGUCCAACCUGGAUGCUGCCACCUACCAGGUGACAUACCAGCUGAAGAUCCUGACCACGGCUCUGUUCUCAGUGUCCAUGCUGGGCCGCAGGCUGGGCGUCUACCAGUGGCUGUCACUGCUGAUCCUGAUGGCGGGAGUGGCUCUCGUGCAGUGGCCCUCUGAGUCCUCCACAGUGGCCCCCGAGAAGGAGGCCCUCUCCGCAGGCUCCCAGUUUGUCGGCGUGACGGCGGUUCUGGUGGCGUGCUGCUCCAGUGGGUUCGCUGGUGUCUACUUUGAGAAGAUCCUAAAGGAGAGCAAACAGAGCGUCUGGGUCCGCAACAUCCAGCUAGGGAUGUUUGGCCUGGUGUUUGGCCUCUUUGGGAUGCUGGUCUACGACGGAGAGCGGGUGAGGGAGUCGGGAAUGUUCCAGGGAUACAACAGAGUCACCUGGACGGUCGUGGCGCUGCAGGCGCUGGGUGGUCUGGUCAUAGCAGCGGUCAUCAAGUAUGCAGACAACAUCCUCAAGGGCUUUGCUACAUCGGUCUCCAUCAUCCUGUCAACUCUUAUAUCGUACUUCUGGCUAGAGGACUUCGUCCCCACUGGCGUGUUCUUCAUGGGGGCCGUUUUGGUCAUCGUGGCCACUUUCCUGUACGGCUACGAAGGCAAGCCAUCCCCCAACCCCAGCAGUGCGUAGGACACUCAUGGCUGACACUACAGCAGCAGUAGGAGGUCCUGUUAAAGCAUCAAGACCUGGAGGGGAACGGAGGACAGAGAGCUAGAGGAAAAGAAGGGGAAAGGUUUUUAUCAUAUAUUGUGAUGACAAAAAAGGAAGCGACAGAGCAGAGGAAAAGGAAGAGAGGAGGUAAGGUAUGUAACAACAAGCAAGCACAACGCUGCAAUGGGUCUCACACACCAAAAGUGCCUCAGCUGAGAAGGGCAACCAGUGAGAAAAGAAGACUGCGGUAAAACAGGAUUGUAUGUUUUAAUUUUUUUUAUAAUUACCGCUGUAGAGAUAAUCCUGGCUGCCACACCUCCACAUCUGGAGGGAUAUUCUCGACAGGACCGACUGAUUGUGUUCAAUAAGAACCUGUUUGACUUAUAGUCACUGUUACUGCCACAUCAAUCACACAUAUACAGUAAACGAUUAAAGAGGCAGACACAUUUUUUUAGAUGUAAUGCAACAAGCUUUUUCUCCUCAGAGUUGAAGUAUUUAAGACUCAUUCUUGUUCCACUUUGAGUUCUGAAAGCACAUUUUUUAAAUGAGCCCUCCCAGCCGCUGUUUACUCUAAAGCUGUGUACAAUGCCACAAACUAACAGUCAACAGUCAAGGUUAGCCUUGGGGCCAGGGUUGGUUGGGGUUCAGUCCUGCAGCGAAGGUGGGAUUUGUACACAGUGUAAGAGGCCUGUCUGCCUGGGAGGCACAACUCGGGGCAAAAGGCUCAACAAUGCAAUACACUAAGAGCCUUUAGCCCAUGGUAGUUGAAGUGACCAUAACUAGUAUUGUUUCCUUAAUUGUGGCUCUCAUGUUGCAUUUUGUCCGGCUAUUUUUGGAAACAUGUUUUUGUUGCCAGGCAACAUAUAGUCGCCGGGGCGUCUUUGAUAACGUAUACAGCGCGUCUCAGCGACAGAACUGUGUUACUGUAUGACUCUGUGUGGUGGAGUUUGAUGUUUGACAAUAAUCUGGGUCUACGAGUAAUAUGCUACAGGAAUAAACAAAUCUGACACUUCAGAAAUGCUGUUCUGGGCUGUAACAGGGGUUAUUAUUUGAAGUGAAAAGGACUGUUUGAUUAUGUGGUAAAGAUUAUUUCUGUACAACUUGAAAUUAUGUUAUCCAUGGGUGUAAAUAGUAUCACCAUUUAAACUGUAAUCUAUGAAUCAAAAUGAAUUGUCUGUUUAAUUUAUUCAUUUAUUAAUUAGGCGUUUACGUGACUUCUCGAAGCCACUGAUUAUAAACAUUGAGCUCUUUAUGUCCUGUGCUUAUGUAACAAUAUAUUCUGUUGAUUUUGUGGCAAAGUAAUCAAACAUUACUGAAUGUGGCCCAGGCAAGUCUGAACUUACUGAGUUGUUAAUAAUCAUUACGUCAGACAUCUGUGAGGCAUCAUUUACACAGAAAGUAACCUUGGAUUGUAUGAUUUUACUGGUGUUUUUCUUCUUUUUUUUGGGAUAAAGCGGGUAUGAUUAAUAACUUUAUUAUUUUAAUUGCCAAUAUGUGAAUCUUUUAUAAAAGAAAAAUGUUUCCUUUAA